GAGACAUGAUGGCAGAGAGUACGGAGAGUACCUCUGACAGGGAAACCGGUGUUGUUUUAGGAUUUUUAGAGGAAGCUGAGCCAUGGCAACUUUUGGCUUCCCAGUUUCCAAGCAAAGUAGGGGGUAAACCAGCGUGGCUGAGUCAAGUGGAUCUGCCCGCUCUCCCGGAAUUAACUUGCGAGAAAUGCAACCUUCCACAAGUUUUUCUUUUGCAGGUUUAUGCUCCGAUUGCUGGAUACGAACGAGGUUUUCACAGGACGCUAUUUGUGUUCUGCUGCAGGACACCAUCCUGUUACACACGAAACGACAAUCUCUGUUUUAAAGUGUACAGAAGUCAGCUACCAAGAAGAAAUGACUUUUAUCCAUAUGACCCUCCACCUGACGAGAAGCCCGUUGAGAUUGAGGGUGAGCAGCACACACUCAGUUCUGGAGUAAAACUGUGCCGGUUAUGCGGCUGCCCAGGGCAAAAAGCAUGCUCUCGGUGUCACACCGUUACCUACUGCAGUAAAGAACACCAGACCAUAGACUGGAAGCAGAGACACAAGGCUGAAUGUUGUAAAGUUCCUCCAGGCGCGGAUAUAUCAAAUACUUUUCUGUUUCCUGAGUUGGAACUGGUCACAGAACCCGAGGAACUUCCAACAAAGGACAAAGACUCACCUGAAGCUGUCAAACUGGAGCAAGAGAGUAUUCAGUGCUCAAAUGACGGUUUGGAGGAAAGUGAACUUGAAGGUAUGGCUCUGCAUGAAUCUAAGGACAGUAAAAUGUUUCAGAAGUUUAAGGAACGGAUUGCUGCAGACCCUCAUCAGGUGUUGCGGUAUUGCAGAGGUAGCUCUCCACUUUGGGUGUCAUCUGAACAUAUGGCCAGUGAAGAGGAAAUUCCCAAAUGCUCAUGUGGUGCCAAACGGAUCUUUGAAUGUCAGAUCAUGCCCCAGUUACUGAAUCACCUCAAGGUAGACACCCUGGACGCCAGCAUUGACUGGGGAACACUGGCCAUCUACACAUGUGCUGACAGCUGUGACCAAGGCAACAGAUACUCCCCAGAAUUCAUUUGGAAACAAGACUUUGCAGUGGAGCAGUCUGUUUAAAAUUGAAUACUUAAAAAAGGACAACAUAGUUAGCAUUUGUAAAGAAAACAAUUAGUGACUGACA